AUGUCUGCUAAAAACAAUGAAACUGCUAAACGGGAGAUUCACGAAACGUUAAAAUUAUGCAACUUUUGUACGCGAAAGAUAGGUAUUUCUUUUAUCGACGAAAAGCCAUCCACCGUCAUAUGGAAAGUCUGGAAGCAGUUGUGGUUUCUUGGCUCAGCAGUGGUAUUGUUUCUGAAACUAAGUGGUCAAGUAAACUACGUUGUCAACAAACUGGUGACUUCGUCCUCAGUGGUGGAUUUUGUGGCCAGCUUACAUAUUGUUGGAUACGACACAAUGAGUUUCGGUAAAUUGUUAACGAUAUGGUGGACGAAGGAUAUAUUCCGUAGCCUUCUGACUAAGCUUGAAGACUUGUGGCCAAUAUCCGAUCAUGACAAAGAUGCUGUUGAGAUCAAGAAUGAAAAACUGUCACGGUUACGAAUCAUCCAAUUUUGGUACGCCUUUUGGAAUAUACUGGGAGUUUGGCUGUACAACUUAACUCCAAUCGUGAUAUACAUAUACCACAAGAUUCAAGGAGCACCUGCUCAUUUAGGCUACAUCUGGCACUUAUCUUAUCCCUUUGACAAGACGCAGCCCGUAUACCACGAACUUGCCUUUGUCUUUGAAGUCUACGCGGGUGUGGUAUCAGUUUGGUCUAUGCUGGGAUCAGAUAUCCUAUUCAUGACCAUGGCCAGUCAUAUAAGUAUGUUGCUCCGACUAUUGCAAUUGGAUAUACGUCGUUUAGCUGUACAACAUAGUAACGAGAAAAAAAUCCAGCCGAUUGAUUGCUAUGAGAACAUCGUCAGCGUUAUAAAAAUACAUCAAAGACUUAUCACAUAUGGAAAUGAUUUGGAAGAUGCUUUUUCCGUCGUCUUUCUAAUUAACGUCUUGCUAAGCUCCGUUAACAUUUGCUGCGUUGUUUUUAAUAUUCUCCUGGACCCAUGGAUGGCGAUGAGUAAUAAAUUUUUCCUUGGCGCGGCGCUAACUCAAGUUGGCAUUCUUUGUUGGUACGCGGACGAUAUUUUCACUUCAAGCUCGGGAGUGGCGAACGCAGUUUAUGAGAGUGGUUGGUACAACAGCACCAUCCGAUGCCAAAGUGCUUUGAUGAUACUGAUGCAAAGAUCCCAAAAACCGCUUUACUUUACGGCUUACAAGUUUAGCUCUAUAACCAUGGCGACAUAUAGUUCUAUUCUCACAAGCUCGUAUUCCUAUUUCACGUUGCUGUACACAGUUUAUAUAAGCGAUUAAACCUG